AUGAUAAGGAUAAAUAGCAAAGGAGAAACAGGGACAGAUGACACAGGAAAGAAUGCAGGAAAGCAAACGGAAAUCGCAUUAAUUAGAAGCCCGAUAAUGUCAAUGCUAUCAGUAGAGUCUGGUAAACCAGUAAUGUUCCAAUCUUUCAGAUCUCCAAUGUCGGGCCAUGUUCCAGGAGUAAGCUUAGAGAGUAGGAAAAUGACUCUUGGAGUGAGAAUACCAAAAGAAUCAACAUACUGUAACAGUAUAAAACAACCAGGAUUUAAAGUUCCUCCAAAGACAGAUGAUGGCUCUCCAAAAGGAGAAAUUGAACCUCAGAUUAAUGUAAAUCCUUUAUUACUUUGGAGUUCCACAGAUGAUGGCCAAAAAAGAAUUAUAGAGGUUGAUUCAAUGCUAACUAAAUGGUUAAGGGAGCAUCAAAGACAGGGAGUAUUGUUCAUUUUUGAAUGUUUAAUGGGUUUAAGAGAUUUUGAUGGAAAUGGGUGUAUUUUGGCAGACGAUAUGGGGCUAGGAAAGACACUACAAUCAAUAACAAUCCUUUGGACUCUAUUAAAUCAGGGGUUUGAUGGGAAGCCAUCUGUCAGAAAGGCCGUUGUGGUUUGUCCAGCAUCGUUGGUCAAGAACUGGGCUUCUGAAAUAGAAAAGUGGCUUCAAGGCAAGUGCAAAUGCACUCCUGUUGCAGAGAGGGACCGAGAAAAGGUGGUUUCAGCUUUCGCAGGAUUCAAAUACGACACAAUGUCAAGAAUUUUGAUUGCAUCCUAUGAAACCUUCAGGAUGCAUGUGGAACAGCUUGACGGUGUUCCAAUAGACUUAGUAAUAUGUGAUGAAGCCCAUAGACUUAAAAACGACAAAACCAAGACAGCAAUGGCCAUCAACAAUCUCCCAGCAAAAAAGAGACUUUUAUUGAGCGGUACUCCAAUUCAAAAUGAUUUGGUGGAAUUUUACUCAUUGGUUUCGUUGGCCAACCCUCAAGUCUUAGGAGAUGUUUCUCAAUUUAAGAAAAUUUAUGCUAAUCCGAUAUUAGAAGGGAGAGAACCAGAUGCAUCCGAGUAUCAACAAGAGUUGGCUACUCAAAGGUUGCAGGAACUUUCAAAUAUCACAAAUCAUUUUAUUUUAAGGCGUGCAAAUACAUUAUUAGCAAAAGUAUUACCACCAAAGAUUAUUUUGAAUAUCUUUUGUAACUUGACUCCAAUACAAAAUUACCUUUAUAGAAGAUUCUUACGUUCUUCAGCAUGCAGGAAGCUAUUAGACUCAGAAUCUACAGGAAAUCCUACAGGUUUGACAGGGCAGGUUCUUUCUUCAAUCCAAUCAUUAAUGAAGCUUUGUAACCAUCCCAGUUUGAUUAGGCCGAAAACUUCUGGAGGAUAUGGAAAAGGUUUUGAGGGAUCUGAAAAGUACCUAGAAAUGAUUCAUGGUAGAAGCUAUUCAGGGGAGUCUGGGGGUGAUUAUAAGAAAAGGAUUGCAGCUGGUAGUUCUAUGAGGAACAGUAGUAGGACAGGAUUUAGCUCAAAACCAAAUUUGAGUGGAAAGCUAUACCUUCUUUCCAGGUUACUUUUCCAUAUUAGAAGCAAUACAAAAGACAGGGUUGUUUUGGUGAGUAAUUAUACCCAGACAUUGGAUGUAUUUGAAUGUCUCUGCAGAGAUCUCCAAGUGCCUUGUGUAAGAUUGGAUGGAUCAACUAGCAUUACAAGAAGACAUAACUUAGUUAAGACAUUCAACGAUCCCAAUUCCAAUAGCUUUGCAUUUUUACUUUCCUCUAAGGCAGGGGGAUGCGGAAUCAAUCUAAUUGGAGCAAAUAGGCUUGUCAUGUUUGACCCAGACUGGAAUCCUGCUAAUGAUAAACAAGCAUUGGCAAGAGUUUGGAGAGAUGGCCAGAAGAAAAACUGUUAUAUUUAUAGAUUAUUUUCGACGGGAACAAUUGAGGAGAAGAUAUAUCAAAGACAGCUUUGUAAAGAUGGUCUAAGUGCUAUGCUCGUAACUUCUGGAGGUAACAAUGAACUUAAAGACUCCAUUUCAGCUGAUCUCGUUCGAGAUUUAUUUACUCUAAAAGAAGAUACCAUUUCAGAUACUCAUGACAUGAUACAAUGUAAUCGUUGCUACGAUUCAAAUGGCCAGCUUAUGAAUAUGGUUCCUCAAACCACCGGAUUAGAAGAUGAUCUUAAUACAUGGGGUCACUACCACUCAUUUUCAGAAAUACCUGAUGAAAUUUUAUCAAUAACUCUAAAUGAGUGCUCAAAUGAAGCAAAUAAGAUGGCAAUAGAUACGGAAAACGAGCAGCCCCACCCUUUAGAGUUACCUACUGAUUUCCGACCUGUUUCAUUUGUAAUGGCUUGCAGAAUCGAACUUCAAGAUCAGAAAGAUGAACAGAACAAGGAGUCCAACGUAACAAAAUUCAUGGAAAUUAACAAAGAAAACUCAAACCAAAAUAAUGUAGUUUGCAACAGAGAUACUACUGAUACAGAGAAUUCUAUGAAUUCUCUAAAUCCUGUGAUAAAUAUCUUUGGUGGCCGCAUUUCUCCUGAUACGAAAAGAAUGAAAGAUUCAAACAGUUCCGAAGAUGAAUGUGUUAGCGAGUUUGAUAUGGAUGAAGAAAUGGAGUGUUAUUCAUCUUCCGAUAGUGGAAUGGAAUAA